GAGAGGAGGAGGAGGAUCAGAGCUGGAGCUGGAUCAGGAUCAGGUCUGGAUCAGGUCUGAGCUGGAUCAGGUCUGAGCUGGAUCAGGAUCAGGUCUGGAUCAGGUCUGGAUCAGGUCUGAGCUGGAGGAGAAGAGGAGAAGAGGAGGAGGAGAAUCAGAGCUGGAAUCAGAACCAGGUCUGAUGGAUUCAGGGCAGCAGGGACCCUGGGGGGGGUCCAGACCAGGACCUGGACCUGGACCCGGAUCCUCUGGACCCUCUGGACCCUCUGGACCAGACCAGACCUGGACCUGGAACCUCUGGAGAGGCUGCUGAAACCGGACCAGAUGACCCCCAAACCCUGAAACUGGACCAGACCUGUUGAAACCAGACCUGCUGAAACUGGACCAGAUGAAACCGGACUAGAUGAAACCGGACCAGAUGACCCCCAAACCCCGAGAGACCAGACCUUCAUCCUGAAGAACUGAUCCAUUCAAAUCAAUGGAUUUGAAGCGAGUGCUGUCGUUCCCUCCGUACCCGGGAGAUUACCUGCACCCGGUGGUUUACGCAUGCACCGCCGUCAUGCUGCUGUGCCUGCUGGUGUCCAUCAUGACCUACGUGGUCCACCACAGAAACAUCCGCAUCAGCAGGAACGGCUGGCACACUCUCCUCAACUUCCUGUUUCACACGGGACUGACAUUUGGAGUGUUUGCUGGAGGCAUCAAUCAAGUCAACGUCCCCUUCGUCUGUCAGAUCGUCGGCAUCGUCCUCCACUACGCCUCCCUGUCCACGCUGCUCUGGCUGACGUUCACCGCCCGGAACAUCUGCAAGGAUGUUUCCAGAGACCCGGGCCAGACCCGGGACCGGAAAGGUCCGGCCCAGACCCGGUCCAAGCCCAGCGUCCUCAGGUUUUACCUCGUCGGUGACGGAGUUCCUCUCGUCAUCGUCGGCGUCACGGCAGCGUUUGGUUUGGACAACUACGGCAGCCGGGACAGCGCCCCAUACUGCUGGAUGGCGUGGGAGCCGAGCCUGGGCGGGUUCUACGGCCCCGCCGGCCUGCUGGUGCUCGUCAUGGCCGGCUACUUCCUGCUCAGCUACGUGCGGCUGCGGCUGCACCCGGAGCGGCGCUACGAGCUGCGGCUGCUGAGCGAGGAGCGGCCGCAUCCGUCCUCCGAGUCCAACCAUGUCCGGCGUGACGGGGGCGGAGCCUCGUGCCCCAACGGGGGCGGAGCCGCCAACGGCUGCUUCCCCGCCGGCGCCACCGUGCUAGCCAACGAGCACUCGUUCAAGUCGCAGCUGCGCGCCGCGGCCUUCACCUUGUUCCUGCUGCUGUCCACGUGGGCGCUGGGCGGCGCGGCGGUGGCGCUAGGACACUUCCUGGACAUGGUGUUCAGCUGCCUGUACGGCGCCUUCGUGGUCACGCUGGGGCUGUUCCUGCUCAUCCAGCACUGCGCCAAGCGGGACGACGUCUGGACGCGCUGGUGGGGCUGCUGCAGGGCCGGGGCGGGGUCCGAGGAGGGCGGGGGGGGCCCAGAGCCCGAGGGCGGCCCCCCCAGGCCGGAGCACCAGCCGCACUGCCACCUCAGCUCACCGUGCCCUGGCAAGCCGCCGCCGCCGCAGCACCUCCUGCAGAGCUACGACCCCAUGAUGCCGCCGCCCCCCCCGAUGAUGCCGCCGCCCCCCCAAAGUCCGGUUCCGGCCCCCGGUGGCCUCGGGGCCCCCGGCAGCCUCGUGGGGCCCCCCUCCGGCCCAUGCUGUCUGGCGGUGCUGAGCCCCCCCCUCUCGCCGGCGGCAGCGUUGCCGUCGCCGCGGCCCCAGUCUCUCCCGGACGAGCUCCCGCGGCCGGCGCUGCCGCUGCAGAGCUGCCUGGCCGACCGGACCAAGUCCCGGUCCUUCCACCGGCCGCGGCCCCCCUACCUGCAGGACUACCGGGCCCACGGGGCCUCCCUCAGCCUGGACGGCAGCGUCUGCAGCUCCCACCUGGACAGCCCCCUCGCCGCCGCCGCCGGCCCCUGCAGCCCCCACACCGCCUGUUCCAGCCCCCACCCGGACCUGCAGCUGCCCGGCAGCCCCCACCCGGACCUCCAGGCCUGCCUGGGCCUCCAGCGCCAGACCUCCUGCCACAGCGUCCAGGACUCGCUGGCCUCGCUGGCCUCCUGCCACAACCACAACUUCCAGGGCAGCGUCACUUCCUGCCACAACAACCUGCAGGGCAGCGUCACUUCCUGCCACAACAACCUGCAGGGCAGCGUCACUUCCUGCCACAGCCUGCUGCUGCCGUCCUGCCCGUGGCCCCCGUACCCACCCCCUCCCGCCGACCCGACCUCCGACCCCUGCUGCUGCCGGAACCCGGACCUGUUCGCCUGUCCGCCGGACCCCAUCAGGGAGAACGAGGGCUACCUGUCGGACUUGGAGACGCGGGGAUUCCCCAGGAACACGUUACCGCGGCAACACGCCACCCUCAGCCGCCGCGCCGCCAUCGGCCGCAACCGCAGCCUGCAGGAGGACGGCCUGUUCGGUUCGGACGCUACCGGAAACAUCCGGACCGGUCCGUGGAAGAACGAGACCACGGUGUAGUCGGGAAGAACGGGACCGCGGUCCCGCCGGGAACUGCAGAUCUCUCUAGUCUGGGUUUCCUGCCCUUCAGCUCGGCCCUCCAACCACCGCCAGAGUUUUUAGAGACUUUAUUGUCCUGACGAUGUUUCAGACCCCUUUUCUCACAGAUUUUAGACGUUUUGCUAAUAACUUUUCUAAGGAUCCUUCAAUCACAUGAAAGGUUCAGUUGAUUUUGUCCUCCAUGAUGUUUAGAGUCGGUGCUGGAGCCUCAUGCAGCUCAGUAAUCGGCAACCGGGGCUCAGUCUGAUCCUCAGGUCCAGGUAGAUCCAGGUAGAUCCAGUUAGAUACAGGUUGGUGUCGGCUCUCUGACAUUCCUACUAAUGACUCUCGACCAAAAGGCCUUCACAGAUUCAAACAGCUGAAGUAAAGAGAGUAAAUGAGUCGACACCGACUCUAAAAAGCAGGUUCCUGGAUCCAGAGAGACGACUUUACCGAAGAUGGAGGCUCAGUGAAAUCCAGUUUAAACUAGACUUGUAGUCAAAACCACUUAAAACAAGAGCAGACAGUGUUAAGACCAAGACUAGUUCAGCUCCAGACCAAGACAAGACCAGGACAGACCGAGUCCGGACGAGACCAAGACCAAGACUCUACCAAGAUACUACCAAGACACUACCAAGACACUACCAAGACACUACCAAGAUACCACCAAGAUACUACCAAGACACUACCAAGAUACUACCAAGAUACUACCAAGACACUACCAAGAUACUACCAAGAUACCACCAAGAUACUACCAAGAUACUACCAAGACACUACCAAGAUACUAC